AUGAGAAAUAGUCACCAGUUAUAUAGUUUUCCUGUUGUUAUCUUCUCAUUAUUGAUUUUCACUGUGACUGGUGCUAAACAGAAUCUAUCUCAAAAAUUAGAAACAAUACAUCGUCUACAUACAUAUUAUAGAAAUUCUCUACUACUUUGUAAAGUUCCGUCACAGCCUCCAGCUUAUGAUAUGGAAGUAUUGCGUUGGAAUAAAAAACUAGCAAGAAAUGCUCAACAAGUGGCAAAUAAAUGUGAUUUAAAUUUUGAUUUAGUCAAUGACAAACUAUUGGAACAGUUUGAAUCUGUAGGACAAAAUGUAGCUGAAACGGAUACAAUCGAAAAUGCAAUGGAAAAUUGGUUCCGAGAAUCUCAUAAUUAUAAUUAUGAAGUAGAUAAAUGUAAUGGAAGUUGUUCAAACUAUAGACAAAUGGUUUGGGCUCAAACUAAACAUAUUGGUUGUGGUCUUAAUAAAUGCAAAACAAAAUUGAUGAUUGUCUGCAACUAUUCUCCAUCAGCUGAUGAUAAAGGUAAACCUUAUGUAAUUGGCGAUCGAAGUCAAUGUGCACGACAAGAUUAG